AUGGCGCUUCGAUUCCUCCUGGGCUUCCUGCUUGCCGGAGUUGACCUUGGUGUCUACCUGAUGCGCCUGGAGCUGUGCGACCCAACCCAGAGGCUUCGGGUGGCCCUAGCAGGGGAGUUAGUUGGGGUGGGGGGACACUUCCUGUUCCUGGGCCUGGCCCUUGUCUCUAAGGACUGGCGAUUUCUGCAGCGAAUGAUCACCGCUCCCUGCAUCCUCUUCCUGUUUUAUGGCUGGCCUGGUCUGUUUCUGGAGUCUGCACGGUGGUUGAUAGUGAAGCGACAGAUUGAGGAGGCCCAAUCGGUGCUGAGAAUCCUGGCUGAGCGGAACCGGCCCCAUGGGCAGAUGCUGGGAGAGGAAGCCCAGGAGGCCCUGCAGGACCUGGAGAACACCUGCCCUCUCCCUGCAACAUCCUCUUUUUCCCUCGCAUCCCUCCUCAACUACCGCAACAUCUGGAAAAACCUGCUCAUCCUGGGCUUCACCAACUUCAUUGCCCACGCCAUUCGUCACUGCUACCAGCCUGUGGGAGCAGACGGAGGGAGCCCGUCAGACUUCUACCUGUGCGCCCUGCUAGCCAGCGGCACGGCAGCCCUGGCCUGUAUCUUCCUGGGGGUCACCGUGGACCGAUUUGGCCGUCGGGGCAUCCUGCUUCUCUUGAUGACCCUCACUGGCAUUGCGUCUCUGGUCCUGCUGGGCCUGUGGGAUUAUCUGAAUGAUUCCGCCAUCACCACCUUCGCUGUGCUUGGCCUCUUCUCCUCCCAAGCCGCUGGAAUCCUCAGUACCCUCCUUGCUUCUGAAGUCAUCCCCACCACUGUCCGGGGCCGAGGCCUGGGUCUGAUCAUGGCACUGGGGGCACUUGGAGGGCUGAGUGACCCCGCCCAGCGCCUGCACAUGGGCCACGGAGCCUUCCUGCAGCACGUCGUGCUGGCUGCCUGCGCCCUCCUCUGCAUCCUCAGCAUCAUGCUUCUGCCGGAGACCAAGCGCAAGCUCCUGCCCGAGGUGCUCCGGGAUGGGGAGCUGUGCCGCCGGCCUUCGCUCCUGCGGCAGCCACCCCCUAGCCGCUGUGACCACGUCCCGCUGCUUGCCACCCCCAACCCUGCCCUCUGA